AUGGACUUCAUUAAUUACAAGAAGUAUAUUGAAGAAAACGACCUGGUUAUUGCCUUUGUGAAACGAGAGCCUCCCUUCCUUCUAAAAGUAGACUCGAAAGCUUCGUAUAAUAAUAAGUUUGGAAACUUCAAACAUAGCAAUAUAAUUGGGAAGGAAUAUGGAAGUCGAAUUCCAUCGCACAAUCAGAAAGCAUACAUGUAUCUUCUUUAUCCUACUCCAGAAUUAUGGACGAUGGUCCUUCCACAUAGAACGCAGAUUCUCUAUAUGCCGGAUAUUGCAUUUAUCACGACUGUUCUGGAUUUGAAGCCUGGAUCCAUCGUACUAGAGUCAGGAACCGGAAGUGGAUCGUUUUCUCAUUCAAUAGCCAGGACGAUAGCGCCUCAUGGACAUUUGUAUACUUACGAGUUUCAUGAAGAGCGUGCAAAAUUUGCAAGACAAGAAUUUAGUGAUCAUGGACUUGGUAACAUUAUCUCAAUAGAAUGCAGGGACGUAUGUAAAAAUGGAUUUAAUAUAGAAAACUGUGUGAAUGCAGUAUUCCUAGACUUGCCUGCCCCGUGGGAAGCAAUAGCAUCUGCAAAAGCCGCGUUUAAGCAAAAUCAAAUAGGAAAGAUAUGUUGUUUCAGCCCGUGUUUAGAACAAGUACAGAGGACAUGUGUGGUUUUAAAUGAAGCUGGCUUUAGCGAAAUCCAGAUGUUUGAGUGCUUGGUAAGAACCCACGACGUUCACACGAUUCCGGUCUAUACGAUCUCUGACGCGGUAGCCAAACUUAAAGUCCAACAGGCAAAAAAGAGAAAAAGGGUUAGCGACGACGAAGAUAGAGAAAUGGUGCCGGAGCAAAGUAAACAGGAGGGAAAGAGUGAUCCACCCAAUCUGUAUGUCUCCAGGACAACGCGAGAGACCAAAGGGCAUACUAGUUACUUGACAUUUGCGACAUUCUUGCCAGUUCUAAAUGAAGAAUUGGAUGCACCAUAA